AGCCGGACCUUGGCUCUUACCGUUGCAACUAGUACCUUAACUACUACACGGAGUGUUACACGGCAAUCUCGGUUCGUUUCUUAGCGCACACUUCCGCAACGUGUUCACUUGCCACGGUCACUAACAACGGCUACACAGCAGUAUAAUGUACCAUAGUACAUGCAAUGUACUAAUAUACCUUCUCAUCUGUCGGACCCUUUCGUAAGUAGGAAAAUUACAUUAGUUGAUUAACCGCCUUAUUAUGCAGUAAUUAUAGCAGAAGUACAAUGACUAUCACUCGGUCACUCGUUCGUUUAUUUACCGGCUCGGUUUUCGCACAAAACGCAUCAUAUCGUGUGUAAUCGAUUUCGACAUCGUUAAUAACCUGAUCCGACGAUCGAUACAAUAUUUCCAUCCAACCGGUGGCCUAGUAUAGUCUAAGUAUGUUCGUAGCGACCGUCGUUCUGCUGCUGACCGUGGUGGCCACUACGACAAGUCUCUCCAAACACCCUUUGGUUCUGGUAGUGUCGUUCGACGGUUUUCGGCCGGACUACGUGAGUGACAAAUGGACUCCGAACUUGGCAAAGCUCAAAGCGACCGGAGCUGUGCCUCCUUAUAUGCGCAACGUUUUCCCCACCAAGACGUUUGUCAACCACUUCAGCAUGGCCACCGGUCUAUACCCAGAGGUCCACGGCGUCCUCGACAAUUACAUGUACGACGAAGAGUACCAAUUGAUGCAUAACACCUACAAGCAAUUUCACUACAACGACCGUGUUAUUCCAAUCUGGACGGAAAACGAAUUCAACGGCGACGGACGACACAGCGGUGUAAUGAUGUGGAUCGCUUCAGAAUUCGCUUACCAGGGAAAAAUGCCUACCCACAUCGCCAUGUACAACAGCACAAUGCCAUGGACGUCCAGAUUGGACCAAAUACUUUCUUGGUUUAAAGACGAUAAGAAACCCGCCAAUUUGGUUUAUGCGUACUUCGAACAACCCGAUAAAGAGGGUCACAUUUCCGGUAUACAUUCGCCCGAAAUCAAAGAACAAAUUGUUAGAGUAGACGCGACGGUGAAGUAUUUAAUUGAUCUCAUAAAAAAAGAAGGACUGGAAACGAAAAUCAACCUAAUAAUUGUCAGCGACCACGGAAUGGAAUCAGUUGCUUACGACCACUUGAUCUAUUUGAAUAAGUACGUAGACACAACGACUUUCACCAACAUCUCGACUGGACCGAACAUGUUCAUUCACCCGAACCCUAAUAAAUUCCUGGAAGUUUACAAAAACCUGACUGAGAUGGCUAAUGCUACAGGACAGUUUCAUGUUUACACAAAAGAAAAUGUAUUGACCAGGUGGCACAUGAACAACUCGGCCAGACUUGAAGGACUAAUUUACUUAUUGGCCGAACCAAAAUAUGCUUUUUCGGAUACAUACAUUGAAAAUAACUUCAAAGGAAGAGAUAUAUCCAAAGCCGAAGUAGGAGUCCACGGAUACGACAAUCAAGAAUCUUCGAUGCAUGCCUUUUUUAUGGCCCAAGGACCAGCGUUUAAGAAAAAUUUUACAGCGACCCCUUUCGAUAACGUCGACUUGUUCCCGCUUGUCGCUCACAUAUUAAACAUUAAACAGUUGAGCAAUCACGUACCGACCAACGGUACAAUUACUAAUGUCCAACAGUUAUUGUCAGGCAGCCAAGGUGUAUCUAUAUUGUUUUACAAUUCAGGUACACUAAUUACCGCUGCUAUGUUUAUACAUGGCGUCGUUCAAAGCUUUUAAAAAGGAUACAAUUUGAAAGCAUUUGAAAACGCCACCAAUGUCGUGGAGUUCUGUUAUCCACGACUGUGAAUGCAAUACCUUCACACUCUCAACAUAAUUUAAUAUUAUGUGCGAGCACCUAUUUCCUGCACACUAUUCAUUGAAGUUACCACGUAAUAUUACUAUAAAUAUAAUGUACACGUUUUAUAUUUCAACGUAAUUAAUACCCACAUUUAUUGAAUCUUAAAAGUUCUUGUUUUACCUACCAUAUGUUUGAUCUUUUCACAAUUAAUUUACAAUAUCGUAACUUAUUGUCACAUAAGACCGUUCUUAAAUGGUAACUUUUUUUUUCAGUUUAAAAUAUUAUAAUAAAGAAUUUUGUUAUUAAAAUUAGUUUUUCCAACGUAAAAAAGUUAUUUUUUG